UCUAUCCGGCCCGGUCAUAGCCUUCUUCCUUUCGCGCCGGUAGCUGGAGAGCCGCGCGUCCCAUGUGCGCAUCGCCCCGGACCUGUAAAGAUCGCUGAGCCUUUCACACACCGAGCCACACGUCUGAGCCUUGUUAUGGAUCUUAACACUCUGAUCGAGGCCCUUCGGGGCACCAUGGACCCGAAUUUACGGGAGGCCGCUGAGAGACAGCUGAAUGAGGGCCACUCUCAGGUGAACUUCACAGCCACGUUACUGCAGUUGACCAUGUCUGACCAGCUGGAUCUGCCGGUCCGACAAGCAGGCGUGAUCUAUUUGAAGAACAUGAUCACGCAGUACUGGAGCGAAGGUGACAACACGCACAGCGAAGCGCCUGGAAGUAACAUCCCCGAAGAGGACCGCCAGUUCAUCCGAGACCACAUCGUCGAGGCCAUCAUUCAGUCCCCAGAGCGCAUCAGAGUGCAGCUCACCACCUGCAUUCACCACAUGAUUAAGCACGAUUACCCCAACAAAUGGACGGCCAUCGUGGACAAGAUCGGCAUUUACCUGCAGACCGACAACAGUGCCUACUGGCUGGGCAUCCUGCUGUGCCUGUACCAGCUAGUGAAGAACUACGAGUACAAGAAACCAGAUGAGCGGCAGCCACUAAUCGCUGCUAUGCAGAUCUUCAUGCCCAUGCUGAAAGACCGCUUCAUCCAGCUGCUGCCAGACCCCUCCAGCGACUCGGUGCUGGUGCAGAAACAGAUCUUCAAGAUCCUUUAUGCGCUCUUUCAGUACAAUCUCCCUCUGGAGCUGAUUAACAGGCAAAACCUGACCGAAUGGAUGGAGAUCAUGAAGACCGUCGUGGACAGAGAUGUGCCUCCGGAGACCCUGCAGGUGGAUGAGGACGAGAGACCCGAGCUGCCCUGGUGGAAGUGUAAGAAGUGGGCUCUCCACAUCUUGGCUCGGCUGUUCGAAAGAUACGGCAGCCCUGGCAACACUACCAAAGAGUACACAGAGUUUGCCGAACAUUUCCUCAAGGGUUAUGCCGUGGCUGCUCAGCAGGUCCUGCUGAAGGUGUUGUAUCACUAUAAAGAGAAGCAAUACGUAGCACCCCGAGUCCUGCAGCAGGCCCUGAACUAUAUUAACCAGGGUAUUGCUCACGCCGUCACCUGGAAAAACCUCAAGCCUCACAUCCAGGGCAUCAUUCAGGACGUGGUCUUCCCCCUCAUGUGCUACACAGACAGCGAUCAGGAGCUGUGGCAGGAGGAUCCCUACGAGUACAUUCGCAUGAAGUUCGACGUGUUCGAGGACUUCAUCUCGCCCACGACGGCCGCUCAGACCCUGCUCUUCACUGCCUGUAACAAAAGGAAAGAAGUAUUGCAGAAGACCAUGGGUUUCUGUUAUCAGAUCCUCACCGAGCUCACCUCCGAUCCCCGCAAGAAGGAUGGCGCUCUACACAUGAUCGGCUCCUUGGCUGAGAUCUUGCUCAAGAAAAAGAUCUACAAAGACCAGAUGGAGUUCAUGCUGCAGAACCACGUGUUUCCGCUCUUCCGCAGUGAGCUGGGGUACAUGAGGGCGAGGGCAUGUUGGGUGCUGCACUACUUCUGCGAGGUGAAGUUUAAGAGCGACCAGAACUUACAGACAGCCCUGGAGCUGACCCGCCUCUGCCUCAUCAACGACAACGAGAUGCCCGUGAAAGUGGAGGCCGCCAUCGCCCUGCAGGUCCUCAUCAGCAAUCAAGAGAAAGCCAAAGAGUACAUCACCCCGUUCAUCCGGCCAGUGAUGCAGGCUCUGCUUCACAUCGUGCGCGAGACCGAGAACGACGACCUCACCAACGUCAUCCAGAAGAUGAUCUGCGAGUACAGCGAGGAGGUGACGCCCAUCGCCGUCGAGAUGACCCAGCAUUUGGCUAUGACCUUCAACCAGGUGAUUCAGACCGGCCCUGACGAGGAAGGGGGCGACGAUAAAGCAGUCACAGCCAUGGGCAUCCUCAACACCAUCGACACACUGCUCAGUGUAGUGGAGGACCAUAAAGAGAUCACGCAGCAGUUGGAAGGGAUCUGUCUGCAAGUGAUCGGCACAGUGCUGCAGCAGCACGUUCUAGAAUUCUAUGAAGAGAUCUUGUCACUGGCUCACAGUCUGACGUGUCAGCAAGUGUCCCCACAGAUGUGGCAGCUCCUCCCACUGGUCUACGAGGUCUUCCAACAGGACGGUUUCGACUAUUUCACAGACAUGAUGCCACUCCUCCACAACUACAUUACAGUCGACACGGACACGCUUCUGUCUGACACCAAGUACCUUGAAAUCAUCUACAGCAUGUGCAAAAAGGUUCUGUCAGGUGACCCAGGAGAGGACCCAGAGUGCCACGCUGCCAAGCUGCUUGAAGUCGUCAUCCUGCAGUGCAAAGGACGUGGCAUCGACCAGGUGGUUCCCCUGUUCGUAACUACAGCUCUGGAGCGUCUGACGCGAGAGGUGAAGACCAGCGAGCUGAGGACCAUGUGCUUGCAGGUGGCCAUCGCGGCACUCUACUAUAACCCUCCUCUGCUGCUCAACACGCUGGAGAAUCUGCGCUUCCCCAACAACACUGAGCCCAUCACCAACCACUUUAUCUCUCAGUGGCUCAAAGAUGUCGACUGUUUCCUCGGGCUUCACGACAGAAAGAUGUGCGUAUUGGGGCUGUGCGCUUUGAUGGAUCUGGAGCAGAGACCGCAAGCGGUCAACCAAGUAGCGGGACAGCUCCUCCCUGCUGCCAUCCUCCUGUUUAGCGGCUUGAAGAGGGCCUACGCCUGCAGGGCUGAGCACGAGAACGAGGACGACGACGACGACGAAAAUGCAGAAGAGGAGGACGAGAACGCUGAACUCGGAAGUGACGAGGACGACAUUGACGACGAAGGGCAGGAAUACCUCGAAAUGCUCGCCAAGCAAGCAGGAGAAGAUGGUGACGAUGAGGAGUGGGAGGAAGAUGAUGCUGAAGAGACCGCGUUAGAGGGAUUCGCCACCGCUGUCGACGACGAGGAGAAUCCUGUUGACGAGUACCAGAUCUUCAAAGCCAUAUUACAGAAUCUCCAAAGCCGUGAUCCCACAUGGUACCAGGCACUCACUCAGGCUUUGGAUGAAGAGCAGGGUAAACAGCUCCAGGACAUCGGCACACUUGCAGAUCAGAGACGAGCAGCACAUGAAUCAAAGAUGAUCGAGAAGCACGGGGGUUACAAAUUCACAGUUCCAGUGGUGCCAUCUACGUUCAACUUCGGCGGCAGCGCACCUGGAAUGAAUUGAGUCGUCCCUUUUCCUCCUUUUUUUUGUUUAUUUUUUUUGUUUAUUUUUUUGUUUAUUUUUUACCCUGAUUGUAGUGAAGUGAAAAAAAAAAAAAAGCUUGUGUUGUUCCCUCAAGUAGUGGUUCCUGAACUGGUUCUUCUCACUCACUCUUCAAUCUGACUAUCAGUCUAAGACAGCACCAGAAGACGUGGGGAAGGCAACCAAAUACAACCAAUGGCUGGGGGAGGAAAAAAAACAAACAAACCAACGAACUUUCAAGAGGAAAAAAAAAUAAACAAAGAAGCUCUGAACAAUGUUGCCUUAUGGAAUCCAUUUACAAGAGGGAUACCAUGACGGCAGCUCUUUUUUUUUUCUUCUUCUUUUCUUUCUUACCACCUACAUGCAUCGGGGGCUAUAAAUAAUUGAAAUUGUUAGUGGGACUGAUUCAUCAUUUUCACUGUUCUGGCCAAGGGGCCACUGUAAGAUUAUACCUCUGGCAGUAGUGUCCAUUUUUUUUUUCUGCGUAAAUGGAAAUCACGUUAUUGUAUAUACAAGCAACGGCUCUUAAUUUUUAAGCAGCCUGGACAACCAACCAGAGGCAUUUGUAAGGUGACAAAUGUGUAUUCAAAUGUAGCAUAUUUUGUCAUAGCACUAUGUGAUGCCUGAAAUCUGUAAAUUAAUAACUAGCACUUUCAUAUUGUUCAGGUCUCUUAGCCUUCUGUAUCAGACUUCAAUUUUUUUUUUUUCUUUUUUUAAAAACACAAUUUGAAGCUAUUUAAAACAGAGUACCUGUAACUUUGUUACUUGGCAGGCAGGUUGCCCUGUGAUUGUCUGGUUGAUGAAUUCGUUUUCAGUGGAGGGGCACUACUUCUGCCGCUUGUAUUGGAAAUGUUUAAGGUUUCCACAAAACGGAAUGCUCUUAAUGUUCAAUUCCGGACAUUUACAUUGAAAGAGCAGUGAAGGUUUGAUUAACUAAUUGCCGCAUGUACAAUUGGGCUGGGCUGUGAAGGUCUCAAGCAUUUGGUUGAUGUAUGGAUGAACCAUCUAUAUAUGACAUUAAAAAGAAAAAUGACUUAA